AUGGAUAAGAAAAAUGAACUGAAUGACAAACUCGAUUCACCCGAGGAUUGCUCCUUGGGUACUCUGACGAUGGAGGACAAGAGAUUGCUUCGCAAAGUGGAUUGGCAUAUCUUGCCCAUCAUGUUCUUCACAUACUUUCUACAAAUGAUUGACAAGAUUUCCAUCAACCUUCACAUAGCUGACACCAGGAAGUACGCGAAUGUGAUGGGACUUCAAGGCGAUUUGGGGAUGGCUGGAAAUGACUUCUCCUGGCUGGCAACCGCUUUCUUCAUCGCUUAUGCAGUGGCUGAAAUUCCCCAAGGAGCUCUCCUACAGAAGUUCCCAGUCUCGAAAGUCCUUGGAGUCAAUGUAUUUUGCUGGGGGAUCAUUCUUUGCUGUUCAUCCGCGACGAAAAACUUCAGCGGAAUGCUUGCUCUUCGUGUGCUUCUUGGUUUGAUGGAGGCUGUUAUCGCCCCGUCCCUGACCAUGUACACGAGUAUGUGGUAUACCCGUGCAGAGUCGACACCGCGAUAUGGAUUUUGGUAUUGUGGUCUUGGUAUGGGCCAGAUUAUCGGCGGGUUGGUCUCUUUUGCCGCUCAACAUGCAUCCACAAGCUUGUCCUUUGGUGGAUGGCGCAUUAUGUUUGUGGCAAUCGGAGCUGUCAAUAUCUUAGCGUCUUUGCUGGUCCUUUUUAUUCUCCCUGAAAGUCCUGCCGAGGCCAAGUUUCUCAGUGAGGAGGAAAAGCAGCGUAUUUCCCAACGAUUGUCAGAGGACGCGGCUGGUGUUGGAGACAAGGUCUUCCGCUGGCGAUCUGUCCUAGAGGCCUUUGCAGACCUGCAAACCUGGUUACUAGUUCUGCUGACAGUUCUCAUCACCAUACCCAGUGGCGUGAUAACAACAUUUUCGGCCAUUUUAAUCAAAGGAUUCGGAUACAACUCGAAGGAGAGUGCGCUAUUAAAUAUGCCCAGUGGGAUUGUGAGCAUAUUUUCUACAAUGGCAUCUACAUAUGCCAUUGCCAAAGGGUUCUCACGCUGGCUUGCAAUCGACAUUUUACUGAUUCCAACUCUCCUGGGCUCGUGUCUCAUGUCUUUUCUGCCGAGUGAAAACAAGGGAGGCUGUCUAGCUGGCAUUUAUUUGGUCAACACAACCGUUGCCCCGCUUGGUAUUAUAUAUGCUUGGACGGGCGCCAACUUCAAAGGAUACACUAUGAAGGUUUCUGGCGCGGCAAUUAUAUCGGCUGCAUUCAGCAUCGCCAACAUCAUCGGUCCUCAAACAUUCCAAGCUAAAGACGCUCCCCGGUACAUUCCAGCUAAGAUCACACUGGUCGCGGUAAACGCAGCUGCCAUUGUUGUAUCUACAGUCCUUCGGAUGCUUUAUGCCCGACGCAAUUCCAACGCGGAUCGCCUGGGGACACCAGCAAGGAGCAAAAUGGAGGCUCGUCUAAGUGACAGCCAUACGAACGAUGUUCACGAUGACACGAACUUCCGUUAUGUGCUCUAA